AUGAAGACAGUCAUGGCAAAGAGCUCUGAGGACUUAUCUUCCAAGAGGCACUUCCACUGGACAAACAAAGUCAGCAAUGAAGAUGAAGAAGCUCCUCCAACCCUCAAGCCGCCCUUGAAUUGCGGCGAGGAUGAGAAGAAAAAAGAGAACAACAAGGCAUCGACACUAGAACCGGUGGCUCCAACACCUGGUCAGAGGAGAAAACUGCAAGCAAUAGCAGUUUCCAGGCUGCGAUCAGUACUUACUGUUUUUAGUAAAAACCGAUCUGUUUUUAGUAAAAACCGAUCGCAGUUACCUUUGGGCUUAGGACCAAAGGUAAUAGGUACCCUUUUCGGGUACCGUCGCGGGCAUGUACAUUUUGCAUUCCAGAAGGAUGCCAGCUCACAGCCUGCCUUCCUGAUCGAGCUUGCCACUCCGAUAAGUGGGCUUGUUCGGGAAAUGGCAUCCGGGCUGGUUCGGAUUGCGUUGGAGUGUGACAAGGAGGAGGACAAGGCGAAGGGGGCAGCGGGCAGGCGGCUGGUGGAGGAGCCAGUGUGGAGGACUUAUUGCAAUGGGAAGAAGUGUGGGUUUGCAACAAGGCGGGAGUGUGGUCCCAAAGAGUGGAAGAUUUUAAAGGCUGUGGAGCCAAUAUCAAUGGGUGCCGGUGUUUUGCCCGGAGGAGGAGAUGGAGAGGAGGGAGGUGUGGCUGAGGGCGGCUGCGGUGGCGGUGAGGAGGUGAUGUACAUGAGGGCAAAGUUUGAGAGAGUGGUGGGGUCUAGGGAUUCAGAGGCUUUUUACAUGAUGAACCCUGAUAGCAAUGGUGCUCCUGAACUUAGUGUUUACUUGCUCAGAGUCUAAGUAAUUAGUUGUGGUCAUGGUUUUUGAGCAUCGAUCGAUAGAUAGUAUUGAGAUUUUGAAUAUCGAUAUAUCGGUUGAUAAGCUGUGGGUGAUCAUGGAAAUUAGGUCUCUGUUUUUAGAGUUGAAGAGGAACAGUAAUACUAAUGAUACUUUGUUCUGCUCUUGAGCAAAGAACACGGAGAUCUAGUUAUCUCCUCUCUUUUUUUC